GAGAAGGCCGGCGGUACCACUCCAAGCGGCAAAGCUUGCGUCAGAGGCUGGAAUUGUACUUAGACAACAUGUACCAAUCUUUCCUCAUUGGAAGCAUUACAAGAAGAAUGAUCUUGAAAUGGAUAACUAUAUUGGCAAAGUUGCUGGACAAUUUAACAUGGACACUGACAACAAGGCAGUGAAAGAUGCAUGUAUUGACUUGUUAAAGGGUGGACAACGUCAAAGGAGGUAUAACUUAAAAUUGAAGUACUUCAAUGGGUUAUCACAAGAUCAGGUGCCGAGAACAUCACCAGUGGCUUGCAUGAGUGAUGCACAAUGGCUUGAAUUGGUGGCCAUGUGGUCAAAGGAAGAACACAAGGAGAAGUGUGCAAAAAACAAAAUUAAUCGUGAGUGCGUCCAAUAUCAGCAGCGCACAGGUUCACAGUGCUACGAGGCACAAGCUUAUGUUGCGAAACAAGAAAGAUUUAAAGAUUCAACGCCCACUGCAAUUGACCUCUUUAAGGAAAUGCAUUGCAGCAGGAAAAGAGAUUUCAGUGAGCAAGUAAAGCAAGCUAUUGUUGAUAUGGAAUCAAUUAUUGAUGAAUCUAUAGAAAAUGGAGAGCAGCAGAAGACUUGUAUUGAAGCUGUCUCUCAAGUUCUAUCCAAGAAUAGCACCUUUCUUGAAAAUUUGGGUCUUAAGAAAGUAUCUCGGAAAAAAUCCAGAAUUGAUGUUUCUUCUCACAUUGAACGUCUUCAGUUUGAACUAGAUGCUAAGACACAAGAAUCAGCAGGACUUCGUGAAGCACCCGCGUCUAGUGCCUGCGCGUGGCAAAGGAUAGUAACGGGACCGGACUGCCCCUGCCCUUGUCCUUAUCCCCUUCCCCAGCCCGUGCUUGCCCAUCCAUUCCCUUCCUCUUCCUCCUUCCCUUUCAUUCUCUGCCUGCUAAGCUUGCUGUGCCACGCCAAUGUCGCGUUGGGGGGAGUCGCAGUCGUCGGCAAGAAGCCGUGCUGGGCUAGGCCGAGGUCAUUAUUGACUGCUGUCUACGGGGUGGGGGAGGAGACUGGACUGCCGCUAAUACCAUGCCCAUUCUGCGGGAGGGCGCGGGUGAUAGAGCUUAGGGCGAACACAACUGAGAAUGGCAAUGAAGGUCGGGUGUUCUUCAAAUGUCCAAGGAGAGGAGCUCAGAUGGGUGGUAGAUGUGAUUACUUCAGCUGGCAAAGGGAGUACUUGGAUAUGUUAGUGUCUCUGAAGAUCAUUCAGAUCCAUGCCAUAGUGGAUGGAGAGCCCAUUGGUGCUCCUGGGAAUGCAAGCAGGGAGGCAAGCGAUUUAGUUUCAGGCAGAUUAGAGAGAAAUGCAAUGGAAGAAAAGGUUGAUAGUUUGAUUAGGGCAAUCAAGAUGUUGGUAGUGGUUAUGGUAGUUGGUGCUGUUCUUGCCAUUAUGUAUCAGCUUAAAUGAAGAAGAAAUUGUCAGUUGUAUCA